AUGAAAUGCAUGAAAUUUAUGAAGUUGAUGAAAUUUGUAAAGUUGUACAAUCAAAAAAAGGAAGUGACAAAAUUAAUAUUCAUGUUUUUUUCAUGACUAAAGAAAGAAAUAUAAGAAUACUUAUUACUAGUGUUGUGAUAGAAGAAAAUUUAAUGGAUAUAUAG